UGUACCCGUAUUACGAAAAACCGCAGCAUAUUCUAUUCGAUAGUCGAUUCUAUAGAAAUGUAUGAAAAAAAAACAGCGCCACCGUGUUCACGUUUGGAACUAAAAAAAUCGAGAUCCCGAACGCCUGCGACAGUCGUAUAGAAUGUCCUGCCGAAUCUAGGAUCGAAUGUGACUUAUUCGCUCAUACAAUUAUGCCGUUUUUGCGAUCACGAAGCACUUUUUACCUAUCGAAUAGAAUGACCUAUAGAAUGAUUGCUGUCAAACUUCCGCAAAUCUAUCACUGUCAGUUUCCCAGAGAAAGAUUAUUGCAUUAUUAUAUUUAUUAUUCGUGUAUUAUUCGUUAUGCUUCGAGCGCCAAGGGUUGCCCGGGGGCCAGCAUCACGUUAUUUAGCUUGGCGUUUAAUUCAAGAAAGCCAAAGAAAUGAAAAUAAUGAUCAAAGAGAAGUUACUAAUAGAGCGGUACUAAGGGCCAAGUUCAACUACAACGCCCUGUCCGAAAAUGAGUUUCAGCGCCGGUACCGGCUGUCUACUAACACAUUUCGGUUUCUCUGUGAGGAGUUGAAGGAAAUAACUCCUCUCAGAGCAUCAACUAGAAUGACCCUGGAGCAUAAGGUUUUAUGUGCUUUAAAUUUCUACGCUACUGGGUCAUACCAACGAAGUGUGGGAAUGGGGAAGUACCUGGGUCAAAGCACAGUCAGUAAAAUUGUGACGGAGGUCACAAACGCACUGACUUGCCCAGGGAUGCUGAACAGGCACAUACAUUUUCCUAAGACGGCUCACGAAAGGAAUUUAAUAAAACAGAAAUUCUACACAAAAUAUGGAAUACCGGGUGUCAUAGGUUGUGUGGAUGGGUCGCACUUCCAUAUUUUUCAGCCUAAGAAAGCUGUAGAACAUUUGUUUUUCUGCAGGAAGAAUUUCCAUUCAUUGAAUGUUCAAGUGGUGUGUGAUAGUGACUGCAGAAUCAUAAAUAUAAACCCUAAAUAUGGAGGUGCAACCCAUGACUGUUUUGUGUGGAAUAACAGCCAGGUUUCUACUUUUAUGGAAACCUUAUAUAGAAAUGGAGAACAAGGAUGGCUCUUAGGUGAUUCCGGCUAUCCGCAGCGGCCUUGGCUUAUGACGCCAAUCAAUGAUGCUGCAGACGACAGCCCCGAGGCUAAAUAUAAUCACCUACAUGGCAAAGCCAGGGUGCUUAUAGAGAAUACCUUUGGCAGACUAAAAAAUCGAUGGCGAUGUCUUAACAAGGACAGGACUCUGCACUAUGCACCAGAAAAAUGUGCCAAAAUCAUUACAGCCUGUGCUGUUCUACACAACAUCGCCAUCGAUUUUAUGGUCCCUCUUCUUGAGCAGGAUGAUACUGAUGCUCUGAUUGUAGAAACAGUCCCUCAAGAAGAAGUGCCAAAUUCAAGCUUAAGGGAGUCGUCUGCAGAGGAUUUGGUUCGGGGAAGGGCUUCUCGUCGCACCCUAGUUGAUAGGCUCAACCGUCUGCAACGUUGAAAAAAGACUAUUCAAAAUUAAUAGUCAGUAAAUGACAUGGUUGAACAUAUUCUGUUAGCUGGUCCACCUACUACAGAAACAAGAUUAUCUAUUCUUGGACCAACAGAGCACCUAUCUCAGCUAUUGCAACACCCAGGCUUGCUACUCCAGUUUACUCGGGAGCUAGGCUGGCUGAGCUGAAAACAAGGGGAUAUGUACAAAGGUUCCACUCGAGAGAGCCACGUACAGGAACUUCGCCCCCUCUCAGAAUAGAAUAGAAUAGAAUAAUAGUCAAUUCUUUUUCUUCUUGGGAGAGCUAUAGCUUUUAAGAAACUGGUCUCAGUCUCGUCUUCAAAGUUAAGGAAAACAUCGUAAGGAACCUUGCCAGCAUCAUUGAAUCGCGUCAGGAGUUUCUUGCCCCUAUUCUUCUUCAUUGUAUUGAAUCUAGACUUCACUUGAACUUUAAUUUAAUGUAAGUACUAUCGGGGAAAUAAAAGCUGGCCCGAUGUCAAAUCAAUAUCGCUUACGCACCCCGUCGUAACAGCCCCGCUCCUUCCAUAGAGCCAUGCUGUUACCGACAGGACCUCGUAAUAAUAACGGCCUCCUUUGUAUAUAUAUUUCUUAUUUUUUUACUGACAAAAGUGUUUUUUUGGUUUUUUUACCUCAUUAGUCAUUAGUCGUGCGCGUGUAUGUGUGGGUGCGGCAGGCAGCAGGCUGCAAGCGGUUCUAACCUUUAAGGUAGGCCACCGGCCGAUUCCCCAAUAGUACAUUGGCGAUUAUGUACAUACAAGGUUGGCCAAGUCAUACUGUAUUUAAUUUUAGAUUAAGUGGUAAGGUACCUUUUUAAGAUUUGUCAAUGUAUUAAAGUAAUUUAAGUAAUUCGACACCCUGGGAACAAUUAAAUGGGAGGUAACUGAAAAUCAGCGGUUUGCUCCUGCAGUAAACAUCCACGCUGAGUUACUUCACCCUUUUGGUCCACUUCAACACACAACCUAACUUGCUA